GUUGUAUUUGCCGUAACUUUACAGCGUCUUCUGCUCUGUUAACCAGAACGCAUAUUAACUAUGGAAUCAAAGGGGAUGUCGCAGUUGUUCGAAUUAACUCACCCAAUUCAAAGGUAAAUAUACUGAAUGAAAAAGUACAGUCAGAGUUUGAAGAUGUAAUGAAUGAGAUCUGGGCUAAUGACCUAAUCAGAAGUGCUGUCCUCAUCUCGUCCAAGCCAGGCUGCUUUGUUGCAGGUGCCGAUAUCAACAUGUUGGCCUCUUGUAAGACCCAUCAGGAAGGAACACAAAUAUCACAGGAAGGACAGAGAUUGUUUGGGAAACUUGAAAAGUCCACAAAGCCUAUUGUGGCUGCCAUCAGUGGAUCCUGCUUGGGAGGAGGACUUGAGCUUGCCAUUUCAUGUCAAUACAGAGUAGCAACAAAAGACAGAAAAACAGUAUUAGGUGUCCCUGAAGUCCUGCUGGGGAUCUUACCAGGAGCUGGAGGCACCCAAAGGCUGCCUAAAAUGGUGGGUAUACCUGCUGCUUUUGACAUGAUGCUGACUGGUAGAAACAUCCGUGCUGACAGAGCAAAAAAAAUGGGACUGGUUGACCAAUUGGUGGAGCCCCUGGGGCCAGGAAUAAAACCCCCAGAGGAACGGACGAUUGAGUAUCUAGAAGAAGUUGCGGUUACUAUUGCCAAAGGACUCGCAGAUAAGAAGAUCUCUACAAAAAGAAACAAGGGACUGGUGGAAAAACUCACAUCGUACGCCAUGACUAUUCCAUUUGUCAGACAACAAAUUUACAAAACGGUGGAACAAAGAGUACAAAAGCAGACCAAAGGCCUUUAUCCUGCACCUCUGAAAAUCAUCGAUGUGGUGAAGACUGGAAUCGAGCAAGGCAGUGAUGCUGGUUAUCUCGCUGAGUCGCAGAAAUUUGGAGAGCUUGCAAUGUCCAGAGAAUCUAAGGCCUUGAUGGGACUUUACAAUGGCCAGGUCCUAUGCAAGAAAAAUAAGUUCGGAGCUCCGCAGAAUGAUGUUAAGCAUCUAGCUAUUCUUGGUGCAGGGCUGAUGGGAGCCGGCAUUGCCCAAGUCUCUGUGGAUAAGGGGCUGAAGACUCUACUUAAAGAUACUACAGUAGCCGGGCUGGGCAGGGGUCAGCAACAAGUGUUCAAAGGAUUGAAUGACAAAGUGAAGAAGAAAGCGCUGACAUCAUUUGAAAGGGACACCAUUUUCAGCAACUUGAUUGGGCAGAUUGAUUACCAGGGUUUUGAAAAGGCCGACAUGGUGAUCGAAGCUGUUUUUGAAGACAUUAACAUUAAGCAUAAAGUGCUAAAGGAAGUAGAAGCGGUGGCUCCAGAUCACUGUGUCUUUGCCAGCAACACAUCUGCUCUCCCAAUCAAUGAAAUCGCUGCUGUCAGCAAAAGACCUGAGAAGGUGAUUGGCAUGCACUACUUCUCUCCUGUGGACAAGAUGCAGCUGCUGGAAAUCAUCACAACAGAGAAGACAUCCAAGGACACGACUGCUUCCGCUGUAGCCAUUGGUCUCAAGCAGGGGAAGGUCAUCAUUGUGGUUAAGGAUGGACCUGGCUUCUACACCACCCGGUGUCUUGCACCCAUGAUGUCUGAAGUCAUACGAAUCCUCCAGGAAGGAGUUGACCCUAAGAAGCUGGAUUCCCUGACCACAGGCUUUGGCUUUCCUGUGGGUGCUGCAACCCUAGCAGAUGAAGUUGGUGUGGACGUAGCACAACACGUGGCAGAAGACCUAGGCAAAGCCUUUGGGGAGCGGUUUGGAGGUGGAAAUGUAGAACUGCUAAAACAGAUGGUGUCCAAGGGCUUUCUGGGUCGCAAGUCUGGGAAGGGCUUUUACAUCUAUCAGGAGGGCUCAAAGAACAAGAGUUUGAAUUCUGACAUGGACAGUAUCUUGGCAAGUCUGAAGCUGCCUGUUAAGCCUGAAGUCUCCUCUGAUGAAGACAUUCAGUACCGCGUGGUGACAAGAUUUGUGAAUGAGGCAGUCCUGUGCCUGCAAGAAGGGAUCUUGGCCACACCUGCAGAGGGAGACAUCGGAGCAGUCUUUGGGCUCGGCUUCCCACCUUGUCUUGGAGGACCCUUCCGCUUUGUGGACCUGUAUGGAGCUCAGAAGGUAGUGGACCGGCUCCGGAAGUAUGAGGCUGUCUAUGGAAAACAGUUCACCCCAUGCCAGCUGCUCCUUGACCAUGCGAACAGCUCCAGCAAGAAGUUCUACCAGUGAAUAGGCCCUCGCACACUGCCCCAUCCAUGCACUAACCCGCUGCUGGCAGCGCUGCUUCUCCCUCAGUGCUGCCUAUGUGUAUCAGGAAGCAGAGGAAGACCAAGUCUGGCCUUGGGUUUGCUACUUGACUAAAGUGCCUUCAGCCCUGACCAUUUCUCCCUUUUGGUGAAGUCUGACUGUGAAUUAGUUUGUACUUCAUGAUGGAAGGUAGAACCCACUGUUGCUCCUUUAAUAAGCCUCAAGGCCCAAAGCAGCAGCUAAGAGCCACCUGGCUCUGUUGCCUGUUCCUCCCAGGAAAACACCCAGCCAAACACAGGAUUAACAAUAAAAACAAAACUAUCGUCUGCCGCUUAGUUCGUUCUCUUCCAUCUUUGCCCUUCUGGUUUAAGUCCCUCCUUCAGGAGUAAAGCCCCGGGCCCUUGGAGGAACAUGUUGGGAAAGCUGUAAGCAGCAGCUUCAGAGAGACUGUGAUGCCAGAAAGUGGGACUUUCUGUGCCCUCUUAAGCGUAAUGGCUCAUGUGCUUUGGCUGGACUGCUUACCACGGGGAAGUGGGCCUGGUGACUGAGAGCAGUAAGAACCAAGAGACAGGGCUGAAAGACAUUUCUCCCCAAACUGGCUUUCCUCACUGCUCCACUGUACCCGAUGUUUUCUUGGCGGUCCUUGUGCAUGUGUGCUUCUCGGGAUGUUCGUGGGAACAGUGGUGUUAAGCAGAGGGGUAACAUUUCUCUGAUGCUCUGGAAUCCAGCACAUCGUGCCUGCCCCAGAGCAAGGAGAUGAAGGAAGGGUUCCUGUGCCAGAAUGAGGGGAUGAAGGUGAUGAGGGGACGAGGCGGUGAGAAGCAUGCAAAGCCUGGGAUCCAGCCCUAACCCCCACACUCUGCUGUGACCUCAGCCUUUCCCAACCCCCAGCCCCUGGUGUGCAGAGUUCUCCUACUUGUUCUGACAGAAGCAGUGCCCAUCCAGUAAAACAGCACUGGGCUCCUAACUGGGUCUGGCAGAAAGAUCCACAUUGAGUCACCGAGUGUGUGUGGAAUCCUAAUUCAAGUCCCAUCACACUUUGCAUGGCAAAUUCAGAUAGUACCCGUGACUCAUGCCUCUGCUCCACUUGCAGGUACUUUCAGGUAUCUCCCUGGCCCCAGCUCUGGUUUGGGACUGGCAGGCAGAAGGCUUUGCUCUGGAGUUGGGCUUUUCAGAUAGGAGAAGGCAGAGAUCUGAUUUCUGCACCAUGGCCAUGACCAGGU